GUGGAACCUUUUGUAAAAUAGUUGGUUCAAGACGGACCGCAAUAUUGUACGUCCUUGAGGACGCGAUUGAUAGACGGCAGUUGUUUACACAAGAUCACGCUAGCGAAUUGCUUUGUGUACCGAAUGACAACUUGAGGAUUAAAACGACUUCAAUAGGGCAAAUUUAGUAUUCAACCGACAAGUUCAUAUGCAGAAAGAAGAAUUAUGACAUACGAAAGCUGCAGCACCUGCUGAGUACAAUUUCGGAGGGCUCUUUUUCAGUGUCAAGCCACUAGCUGGAUAACGUUAGCUAUUUUGAACAUUGUUUUCACAAUUUCACCCAUUGCAAAAAAUGGCGCAGUAAUUGACGUUAUUAUUUGACAAAUAUGAGAAACACCAACCGUUUAAGAUCUAUUUUUCUUACUUUUGAACAAUGGUUACCUAGAUGGAGCUUGCAACACAGAUUGUGUUGUUCAAAGCCAGUCAGCGUUCAUUCAAACGAGGAGAGCAGGGCAGAAAAAUUCAAGACUCAAAUAGCCACAGGUCCAAGAUUUCAUGACUUUGUCAAGGGAGCUUCUAUCAACAAACUGCAACCUGUUAUCACUGAUGAUUUGAUAGACACUGACAAGCAUGCCUAUCUUCCCGAGGACUCAGAAAGUGGGAAUUCUAGGACAGUGUGUUUUGAAACCUAUGGCUGUCAGAUGAACGUCAACGACACAGAAAUUGCCUGGUCAAUAUUGCAGAAGAAGGGAUAUCAACGCACAAGUGAUGUCGCUGAGGCUGAUGUUGUCCUCCUUGUUACAUGCUCCAUAAGAGAAAAAGCUGAACAAACAAUCUGGAACAGACUACGGCAACUCACAGCCAUGAAGAAAAGACGCUUAAAGACCCGCGUACCCAUGAAAAUUGGAGUCUUAGGUUGCAUGGCCGAGAGGCUGAAGUCUGAGCUGCUGGAGAGGGAGAAGCUGUUGGAUGUUCUGGCUGGUCCAGAUGCAUACCGGGACCUUCCUCGCCUCCUGUCUGUGGCCCAUGGUGGUCAGCAGGCUAGCAACGUGCUGCUGUCUCUAGAGGAGACAUAUGCUGAUGUCAUGCCAGUUCACCACUCCCCCCAGGGUUACAGUGCUUUUGUGUCCAUCAUGCGAGGAUGUGAUAACAUGUGCAGCUACUGCAUUGUCCCGUUCACUCGAGGUCGAGAAAGGAGUCGACCAGUGUCCUCUAUCCUUGAGGAAGUCCAUAUCCUGUCAGAGCAGGGUGUGAAGGAGGUGACCCUGUUGGGUCAGAAUGUGAACAGCUACAGGGACACAUCAGAGGAACAGUUCUGUAGUUCAGAGCCAGGCCAGCUGAGCCGGGGCUUUAGGACGGUGUACCGAGCCCGGCCCGGGGGCCUGCGCUUUGCUGACCUGCUGGACAGAGUGUCCCUCAUAGACCCGGACAUGAGAAUCAGGUUCACCUCCCCUCAUCCCAAGGACUUCCCUGAUGAGGUGUUGCAGCUGAUAAAAGAGAGGGCGAACAUCUGUAAGCAGAUCCACCUCCCGGCUCAGAGCGGCAGCAGCACAGUCCUACAGGCCAUGCGGAGGGGUUAUAGUAGGGAGGCUUACCUGGAGCUUGUGGAUAACAUCAAGAGAAUAAUCCCAGGGGUGAGCCUGAGCAGUGACUUCAUCUCUGGGUUCUGUGGGGAGACAGAAGAGGACCACCUGCAGACCCUGUCUCUGAUCAGGGAGGUGCGCUACAACGUGGGCUUCCUCUUUGCCUACAGUAUGCGGAAGAAAACCCAUGCGUUCCAUCGUCUUCAGGACGACGUGCCAGCGGAGGUGAAGCAGCGGCGGCUCGAGGAGCUCAUCUGCAUGUUCAGGGAGGAGGCCACCAAGGUCAACUCCGCCCUCAUCGGCAGAACACAGCUCGUCCUAGUGGAGGGAGAGAGUAAGAGAUCAGCUCAGGACCUGUGUGGGAGGAACGAUGGGAACGUGAAGGUGAUUUUCCCUCGGCAGGAAGUGGCUGGUCAGCCCACUGACACACACACUUCCCCCAUCAACCCGGGAGACUAUGUCCUGAUCAAGAUCGAGUCAGCCAAUUCCCAGAGCCUGAGAGGACACGCCCUCAGCCACACCUCUCUGAGUGACUCAGCCACACGUUUACCUGACCACUGCCAUGACGGACAACUGGCUUCAGUCGCUAGAUACGGUGUCUAGUCCUCUGUACCCUGAAAGUGAGUGUGAAGUGGACGUCUUCUGUGGCACCACGACGCAGAUGUAACAUCGACAAAGAUCCAAUCCAGAGACAACUGACUGAAGAAGACUUUUCAAGUUAAAAUAAACAUUUAAAAAAG